GACAUAUCAAGUUCCGGCCACCAAAACAUAUUUCUUAGACAUAAGUGUCAUUAAGCCAUCAACACAUUUUUCAAAAUUGCUUAUCUCGACAAAAUUUUUGCACCCACUUAUUUGCAUUCACAAACUAAAGUUUACAAUUCCUUCAUUGUAAUGGAUGCCUCGCAUUCGGGAAGAGCUUCAAUGAGUGGUAAUCAUAAACAGACUGGCGGAAAGCUUCUUUUUGAGCGGAAAAUAGAAAAUCCAGUUUCCGCAACAAAUAAAAGUGGCUCGGAUUAUCGACGUUGGCCCACAAGCAGACCCCCUAUGUAUUCUUUAGAUGGCCGACCGUUCGAUCCCAACAGCGAUUUAGCAGGUCAUUAUGUGUCCAACAAUGCCUGUUAUGUGCCGCCAUCCUUAAAAGGCCAUUCCUUUAACCUGGCUGAGGAAGUAGAGAGAGGAAAGCUUAUAGCGAGAGAUGUUCCCGUUAGUCGUCGUCUAACAACGUCCAUGGAAAGACCAGGUUUUAAAGUUGGAAGAGGUAAAAUACUAUAUGGACACCAUCCAACAAAUGGUGGGCGUCUGCUGGAUGUACGGAAUGAGUCUCUCCUGGCGCAAAGACCUAUGAUCUUGUUAGCUAGGGAAGACGGCCGUUUAUUGAAUAUGAGGCACAAUCUUUCUCGACUCAGAUCACCCCAUUCAACAUUUCACAGGAGUAUAGCAUAUACGCCAAUUCCUACAUCGAAAGCAUUGCAACAGAAAGAUGUUGCCGGGGAUUUGUCGCACUCUUCGUUACAUCUCGAAACCCGGCCCAAAACUCCGGCUUGUCGGCAGCGUUUGUCUCCACAAGUAUUCCGUACAGGAUCUGAGUACCCGAACUUGGUAUGGUAUAGUGAGGAGAUUCCUGCCAGCAACUUUAUGCCAACGAAACCUUCUGAAACAUCAUCGAACAUUUCGUUCAGUGCCCAACAAAAUAGAGGCCAACAACAAGAGGCAUUCAAGCAACAGGAUUCGACAUCGGAGUUGGCUUCUGAGAUAUCUUUUGUAACUCCGACUGCAGAUUCAACUCAUUACCAAGUCAUCAAAGACCAAAAGAGACCAAAAGAGAAUUCCCAUGUUGUGGAGAUGCCCCCUAUGCUUUCUCCAGCCAAAAGUACGCUGCGAAGCAGAAAUAAAUGUAUUUCUAUGGAAUGCAAUGAAGGUCAUUUUGACCACCAGCUUUUAUGUACACCUGCUAAAAGAGCUAGUCCUCCUCGCUCGUUUCUAGAGUGUUCAAGAAAAUGUGACCGCACUCAGUUUGAAGGCGGUGCAACGUCAGAAGUCGAAGAUGCCUGCAGAGUAGAAAUACUAAAACUUCAUCUGAAACACUUAGUAGAAGAUACUUAUUGUCCAGGCCUAAUCCAGGCCACCCUUGAUGGCAGAGAAAACUUCAACGACAUCUCAUUGAGAUUAUCAAAUAAGAAUUGGUUAAUACGAGCACCAACGGGGGAUCAGGAGAAAUACACACCACACGAUCCUAUGACUUUGCUGGAGGCAUUUUCCCUACGAAUUGCUAGAGAUCGAAAUGAGGUUAACAAAAACAUGUCCGUAGAUACUGCAGAAGAGAUAUGUGACAGCAGGAUAGAAGAAACCAUAGGGAAACAUUUUGCUAAGCAAAAUCCAUCUGAGCUUAACAAAUCAGUCAAGAGUUUGCUUGUGGCGGAGGCUAUUGAAAAGAAAAAUCGAAAAAAGGGGGCCCGCUUAUCCUUAUGCUUGGUAGAUAUUCAAAAAAAUGAGCUUAAAAUGUAUGCAUUUGAUCCAGAAAUUGUUACAAUUUGUUAUAUUGGCCAUGUGAAACCUACCACUGAUAAGUUAUAAAGCAAAUUGAAUUUGUCCCAAAUUGUGUGUAGCUCCCAAUGAAUAAUAAAUAACUUAAUAAAUAAACACCGACAUUCUAUGGUCCGACAAAA